CAUACAGUCCCAUAGCCGCCGCUCAGUCUGCACCGUCCCUCCAUCUCACCGUUCACCCGCGCACCGACAUGACAUCCAUUGGCACGGGCUACGACUUGUCCGCGAGCACGUACUCGCCGGAUGGCCGUAUCUUUCAGGUCGAAUACGCCAACAAGGCAGUUGAGAAUUCAGGAACCGCCAUCGGACUCAAGGUGAAAGACGGUGUCGUAUUGGCCGUCGAGAAGAUCAUCCACUCGAAGCUACUCGUCCCAGAGGCCAACAGGCGGAUACAGACAGUCGAUAAACACAUUGGUCUGGCAUCUUCAGGUCUCCUCGCAGAUGGCCGACAUCUGGCUAAUCGUGCAAGAGACGAGGUUGCCAGUCUCUUCUCGAUGUGGCGCUCACCUACGACAGUUCAGUCGCUGGUAGACCGCGUAGGGCUAUAUGUGCAGGCAUAUACGCUAUACUCUUCUGUCCGUCCAUUUGGCUGCAGUACUAUCAUUGGCGGCAUAGACAAGAGUGGUCCAGCACUAUUCAUCAUCGAGCCUAGCGGCGUUUCCUAUGGCUACCACGGUGCAGCAGUAGGGAAGGGACGGCAGUUGGCAAAGACUGAGCUAGAGAAGCUCAAGCUCGCGGAACUGUCAACACGAGAAGCCGUCUUUGAGGCGGCCAGAAUUAUCUACCUCGUCCACGACGAUGCCAAGGAAAAAGACUUCGAGCUCGAGCUGUCCUGGAUCGGCGAUGAGACGGGUGGCUUGCACUUACCCGUACCGAAGGAUCUGUACGAUGAGGCGUCGCGGAAAGCCAAGGAGAGCCUGGAGAACUUCGACUAGUAGAUGUGCUAAUUGUGUACUGUAUUCGGACUUGCUGUUAACUCUCGUCGGAUCUCAGCUGCAAGUUCAACGCA